AUGGAGGAGGUCGUCGGGUGCCUCGUGCGUCCAGGCGACAAUGGCAACCUUGGUGAGCCGCCAUCACCAGCGUGCAUGGACCUAUGCCCAUCAGUCGCGCGAGUGCGCUGGAGGUCGCAGCCAGAUCGAGGGCUUGACGACGACCUGCGUGAGGAAGAAAAACAAAUCGGGCAUGUCCUCUCCACCGUUCGAUUUUCCGAGAUCCAAUGGUUCGCACACAUACCAUAUCCCUCUUCUUUCUCCCUCCCCCACAGCCGCCGGGUUCCAGCACCUUCCUUCCUCGUCUCCUUCUCCAGUCGCCGCCUCCCCUCCCCUCCCAGGCUCCCAGCUCCUCUCGUCUCAGAGGCCGCAUCAGGGCACCAGACACGCACCAUCGGCGCGACGUCCAGGCCGCCCCCACACCGUCCGGGGGGUGCGCGUUUGGACGCCGGGGGGCAGCACGACUCGUCCCUGAGAGCUACGUCGCGGUGGGUGUUGCCACCGAACGGCAAGGGAAGCGACGGCCUCCACUUCCCGCGGUGGCCGGCAGGAUAUGGCACUGGUGGAGUCAAACCCUCUUCGUCCGAUGCUAGCACGCUAAGCCGCAUUGAGCUAGCACUCUCAAGAUGCCUGGCUGAGGGGGCUGCGCCGACCUGCCACCGCAUUGUCGCGGGCCCGCGUCCGUCUGCUAUGGCAUCCUCACAGCCGAUUUUUUCACCGACCUUGGAGCUGUGAGGCGCUUGCCCCACCCCAGCUCCAGUUCCCUGUGUUUUACUUCUGAUUUUUCGAGGCAGUUUUUGGUUGUCCAUGCGCAGGGAACGGCGGUUCAUCUUGUUCUCGUCAGUGGAGAUGGGAUGCCCAAGAGCAUGUUCGAGGCGAUGUGGCAUGUCUCCGGUGAUGAGUCUGCGGUGAUGGAUGGAUCUGCAAAAUGGUGUUCUCCGCCUGAGAAUUUCUAGGACCCGUUGUAGAUUGAAUGUCUUCGUUUUGCUCCUCCAUAUGUGUAUUAUUUAGAAAUGUCUGUAAUUUUAAGUUCUAUUGUGUUUUUACUUCCGUGUAAAAUGGUUUUUUCUAGUGUGUUUAUGUAAUUCCCAUCUAUUUAAUGACAUAAUAUAUAUCAUUUGCAAAAUUGUG